CUCUGUCUGUUAAGUCAGAGUCUGUAAUCAUGCAAAUUUGAGCUCAGGAGGGAACCCUUAUAAAGACAGGUAACUAGAUGUCAGCAACUAGUCCAUAACUCUGAGUGACCGGCUUCAGUUUUGGGCAGUCUUUUGAUUCUAUAAUGGGCAGCUUCUAUACAGACUGCAUUGAGAGAAACUUCAGAGCAGGUUAUAAAUCCUUGGGAUACUUCAUUGGCAGACAUCCUUGGUGGUUCUUGUUCACUCCAAUCUUUUUUUCCAUUGGUCUCGGAAGUGGGUUUUACUUUCUCAAGACCCGGACAUCAAACAAUAUUGAAGAGCAAUUUACACCUUUAAAUGGACAUGCUAAGAUGGAGAGAAAAUACAUGCAAGAAACUUUUCCAAGAAACAGCACAGGGUUUUCAAGUUUGAGAAUGACCACAGAUGGAACCUAUGCUACUUUUAUUGCUGCAACUGAUACUAAUAUUUUGUCAAUUAAAUCACUAGAGGAAGUAAUUGAGUUGGACUUUCAAAUUAAAAGCAUGAAGGUGCAAUUGGCCAAUGGCACUUCUGAUUAUUCUGAUGUUUGUGCUCUCGUAAAUGGACGUUGCAGUUCAAACAAUAUCCUAGAGCUUAUCAACUACAAUGCCCAUAAUAUAGACUCAGUUAACUUGACUUUUCCAUGGUACAACUCUGAAAAUGGAAGUCUACCUUUGUUUACAAUUCUGGGAAAUGUAGACUUAAACAUAAAUAGCUCGAUAGUUCAAAGUGCUGAAGCAAUACACCUGAUUUACUAUUUAGAAACUGACAAAGCAACAGCUGAUAUCUGGUUGGAAAAUUUUCUAACUUUACUCUCAAAUCAGUCAACCUCUGUCCAGGUAUCUUACGCUACUUCCAUGUCAAUGCAAUGGGAAUUCGAGAAAUCCUCAGAUUCAGUCAUCUUUCUGUUCUCUAUCACGUACACCAUAGCCAUCAUCUUUUCAACUGGAUCUUGCUGGAGAUUGGAUAAUGUCAGGACAAAGGUGUGGGUGGCCCUCUGUGGGGUACUCUCCACUGGUCUGGCCAUCCUCAGCGGGUUUGGGGCACUGCUGUUACUGGGACAACCAUUUGUGAUGACAGCUGCAUCCUGUCCUUUCAUGUUAUUAGGUACUGGCCUUGAUGAUAUGUUCAUCAUGACCUCGUGCUGGCAGAGGACGCGUGUUUUAGACAGUGUCCCUAGACGAUUAUCCCAAACCUACAGUGAAGCAGCAGUGUCCAUAACCAUAACCUCCAUCACCGACGCUCUGGCUCUCUUUCUUGGCUACACCUCUCCGUUUGGCUCAGUCCAGUCCUUCUGCCUGUACGCUGGGGUCUCUGUCGUAUUCUGCUACCUGUACAGCAUCACAUUUUUAGGGGCAUGCAUGGCUUUGAAUGGCCAAAGGGAAGCAGGCAAUAGACACUGGUUUACCUGUAUGAAAGUGCCUGAAGAUCUGCCGUCAAGUAGUUCAAAAGUAUUUAGUCUUUGCUGCAUUGGAGGAGGUUAUAAUCGGAUGACUGAAAAGGAACCAGGAGAGCCCGUGAGUUCUUUCUUUCAGAGAUUUUAUGGGCCAUUUUUGACCCACAAGUUCAUAAAAGCAUUUGUUUUUGUCAUCUAUGCUGCCUAUUUAGCUGUAAGUGUGUUUGGAUGCCUGACCAUUAAAGAAGGACUAGACAUAAGGAAUCUCGCAUUAGAUAACUCUUACAUUUUAGAUUUCUACCAAAGCCAAAAAGAGUACUUUUCAGAUUAUAGCUGUAAUGUCAUGGUAGCUGUGAAGCAGCCUUUUCCAUACUGGGAUGAAGAGGAAUAUGAAAAACUCCACAGUUGUAUUUUGACAUUUGAAAACCUACCUUAUGUCAAUAGUACUCAGGCAUGGUUCCUUGCAUUUCAAGAAUACGCAAAUGAAACUAAUCUGAACCUAACCACCCAUGAGUUUUAUAAAAGCAGCUUAAGCCAAUUCUUGGACCUAUAUCCUGAGUUUAAACAAGACAUCAACUUGACAGAAAACUAUGAAAUUCAAGCAUCUCGUUUCUUCAUACAGACUCUAGAUAGAACAAUAGUGAAAGAUGCAAUGGUUGGACUAAGGACAACAGCAGACACAUGUCCUAUUGAGCUACUAGUCUACCACCCUUUAUUUAUCUAUUAUGACCAGUACACAGUGGUAACAGACAAUGCAAUUCAAACCAUAAUGAUAGCAGUAGUAGCAAUGCUGGUUAUAGCAUUUCUCUUCAUCCCUAACCUGAUUUGUUGCAUUUGGGUAGCUUUUGCCAUUGGCUCAGUAGUAGUUGGUGUGGCUGGUUUUAUGUCACUAUGGGGUGUAAGUCUAGACUCAAUAUCUCUCAUUAACCUAGUCAUGUGCAUUGGAUUUUCUGUGGACUUUUCAACACAUAUUACUUAUGCCUUUGUCUCCAGCCCCAAGUCGGAUGCCAAUAAGAAAGCUAUUGACUCUUUGGCCCAUUUAGGUUUUCCAAUAUUACAAGGAGCACUGUCCACCAUCUUAGGAGUGGUCGUGCUGUCCAUGUCUGGGAGUUACAUAUUUAGGACCUUCUUUAAAAUUGUAUUUCUUGUCAUCUCAUUUGGUCUGGUGCAUGGUCUGGUGUUCUUACCUGUGUUUCUCUCUCUUGUGGGGUCACUGGCUUAA